AUGGCUCAAGAUCGAGUUCGUCUUCCUGCAGAUGUUGUCCCGAUCCACUAUGAUCUCCAUAUCUUAACCGACUUGGACACUCUCGAGUUCGACGGCAUCGUGUACAUAGACUUGAAAGUCAACAAUCCGACGUCCUUGAUCGUUCUUAACACACUUGGGCUCGAGAUUGCUGAAGCGUGGCUGCAUUCUGAAGGAAACGAGGCGCCCCAACGGCCUCUCUCCUGCGAGUAUGAUGCAAAGCUGCAGCGUACUACCUUUGCAUUUCCGAAGAUUAUUGCGACUGCGUCGCGCCUCUCGAUCACCUUUGGCGCCCCGAUUGCUGAGCUCCCAAUGGGCUUUAUAAAUCGACUGGCGGCAAAGACGGCGAAGUUGUCUAUGCAGUCACACAGUUCCAGGACAAACACGACCAACGUCAGCAACAUGCCAAUCAAAACUGAAAUGCUCUGCGCUGGUCAGACCGCCGAGGAAGGGACGUGGCUAGAAGAGAAGAUUGCCUCCAUGUCAGAGCCGGCGAGAUGGAAGAUCACUCAUUUCGAAGUUUCGCCGCCUAUGUCGACGUACAUCGUUGCCUACGCAAAUGGACCAUUUGAAUACACCAAAAGCGAGUAUACCAGUCCUCUCAGCGGUAAAACCAAGCCGGUUCGGUUCUACACACUCUCAGCUACCGGUGCGAACCCUGAACAAACACAACUGGCUUUGGAUAUGACCGCGAGACUUGUACCUGCGUAUGAGGAGAUGUUCGAUCUCGAAUACCCUUUGCCCAAAUUGGAUGUCAUAUUGGGAUUGAUUACUGUGCGCCCAGGCACAGUGUUGUACGACCCGAAAUCGAACGAUGUCAAGCAACAACAAAUCGUAGCCGGCAUGAUAGGUCAUGAGAUUGCGCACAUGUGGUUCGGCAACAUUACUACGAUGGAAUGGUGGGACUACUUGUAUCUCAAUGAGGGCUUUGCAACUCUGAUGGGCGAGCUAGUAGUUCAGGGUAAGUGGACACCUUCGGAGGUUGUGUCCUCAGCUAACACCGUUCACAGAGAGGUGGGACUUCUGGUAUCGAGUGAUCAUUCUCAACAUCGGACUGAUGAGUCUUCUGGCGAUAGACUUUGGCCCGAGUGGCAGUCCGAAGCCAAAUUCUUAAGUGCUCCAUAUCUGUCUGGUCGUGCGAUCGAUGCAAAGCUCUCUUCACAUCCCAUCGAAGUGGAGUGCCCAGAUGCAGAAUCCGUGAUCCAGGAAUCGUUCAUGAAGGGGGUGUCGAUGCAUCUCAAGAAGCACGCAUACAAGACUGUGGUGACCACUGACUUGUGGAGGAGCAUGCAGAGCACUACUGCUUUCAUGGCAGGACUUGAUGUGCCAAACCUGAUGGAAAACUGGGUCAAUAAAGUUGGAUAUCCUAUGAUCACGGUGACUGAACACGAAGAUAAGCUCACUCUGCGCCAAGACCGCUUCUUGGAGUCUGGUCCAGCCGCCCCAGAGCAUAACGAGACCAUCUGCUCUUACGCUACUAGGGCGAUCCCUAUCAGUCUGGUCACUGUUGCAGCUGAUGAUUCGCGUGUGGUGAUGCGUGACUUUGUGCUAGAGGAACGCGAGGCCCCUAUGUCUCUCGGCUGUACUAAGCCGUUCAAACUUAACGCAGAUACAGAUGGUUUCUAUGUUGUCCAGUACAGCGCGGACCGUUUGGUGAAAAUAGGUCAACAAGCGACGGCGCCCAACUCGCCCUUUAACCUCGCCGACAGGAUUGGACUAGUUGCAGACGCGUUUGCGCUCGCUAAAGCAGGAUACUCGUCCAUCAGCAGCGCCCUCGAGCUCGUGUCUGCUCUUGGAGCAUGUGAGAAGGAGUUGUACGUCUGGACGGUGAUAUCGAGUGGCCUGGCGGACGUUGCCUCAGUAUGGUAUGACCAUGGACACGCACUCGGGUUGAUCAAUAGCUUCAGAAAAGACUUGUUUGUUCGAAUCGUGAAGCGCCUUGGGUUUGAAGCUGCGCCGAAGGAUUCGCCGGCAGACAAGCGACUCCGCACUGAGGCCAUCACUCAAGCUGCGGAAGCCGGGGAUGCAUGGGUCGUUGGUGAACUCAAAACACGUUUCGCUCAUUUCAUCGAGACUGGUGACAUGUCCAAGAUCCCCGGAGACAUAUUGCAGAUAACCUGCAGAGUUGGUGUCCGAGAAGGCGGAAAGGCAGAAUAUGACUUCAUGAAGACUUUCGCUCAGACCAGCACAGAUCCGGCACAUGUUAACGCUGGUCUCAAGGCGCAAGGGGCGUCCCAAGACCCAGCACGUCAGCAGGCGACGAUCGACUUCGCGAUUGGAGAGGCCCGCUUUCAGGAGAACCCUGGGGCAUGGAGACUUGUUGCGGAACGCGUGAAGGAGCGGUGGGACGAGGUGGCCGAGAGGUUCCGUGGCUCGUUCACCAUGACGAGUUGGAUCUUACUGACGCUUCUCUCGCUGGCACGGACAGGAUGUAUUCCCUCAGCUGUCAUCAAAGGAGAACCACCAGGAACUUGA